CUCUCGGCCAGCAGUUUCUGGAGUGCAGACGUGUACAUGAAGUGAUUAAAUCCUAUCUGUCUCUUUGGUUCUUUACAUUGGAUUGUGUUUAUUAGAGCAGCGGGACUUUAUCCGAGCAAUGGCCACCAUUGAUGAACUAAAGCUGCGAAUCCGCGAGUUAGAAAAUGAAUUAAUAAAGUCAAAGCAGAAGCAAAGCGAUUCUGAACAUCAUCUGAGACCAAAGAUUGCUCAAAUGAGUGCUGAAGUGGUAGACUCAAAUCCAUACAGUCGUCUUAUGGCACUGAAAAGGAUGGGCAUAGUGCAGGACUAUGAGAAAAUCCGCUCGUAUGCUGUGGCAGUGGUGGGGGUUGGAGGGGUGGGGAGUGUCACUGCAGAAAUGCUCACCAGAUGUGGCAUUGGUAAGUUGCUGCUCUUUGACUAUGAUAAGGUGGAGCUGGCCAACAUGAACCGCCUCUUCUUCCAGCCACAUCAGGCAGGACUCAGUAAAGUGGAGGCUGCUGAACACACACUUAGGAACAUUAAUCCAGAUGUUGCGUUCGAGACACACAAUUUCAACAUCACCACAAUGGACAACUUUACGCAUUUCAUGGACCGUGUAAGUCAUGGUGGUCUUGAGGAGGGAAAGUCUGUAGAUUUGGUGCUUAGUUGUGUUGAUAACUUUGAGGCUCGGAUGGCCAUUAACACAGCAUGUAAUGAAUUGGGUCAGAUCUGGAUGGAGUCGGGUGUCAGUGAGAAUGCAGUGUCUGGACACAUCCAGCUCAUUAUCCCUGGAGAAACAGCCUGUUUUGCUUGUGCCCCUCCCCUUGUAGUAGCUGCAAACAUUGAUGAGAAGACAUUAAAGAGAGAGGGGGUCUGUGCUGCCAGCCUACCUACCACAAUGGGAGUAGUCGCUGGUCUUCUUGUACAGAAUGUCCUCAAGUAUCUGUUGGGGUUUGGGAGAGUGAGUUAUUAUCUGGGCUAUAAUGCCAUGCAGGAUUUCUUCCCCAGUAUGGCAAUGAAGGCUAACCCACAGUGUGAUGACAGACACUGUAGAAGACAACAGGAGGAGUACAAGAAAAAAGAGGCAGAGCAGCCAAAGCAGGAAGUGGUACAGGAGGAAGAAGAAGUGGUAGUGCAUGAAGACAAUGAAUGGGGCAUUGAGCUGGUGUCAGAGGUCUCAGAGGCGGAGCUUCAAGCUGCCUCAGGUCCAGUUCCAGAUCUCCCAGAGGGCAUUACUGUAGCUUACACAAUUCCUGAGAAAGAUGGAGAAUCAGGGGAGACCGUAGAGGAGACGCACCAGAGUCUAGAGGAGCUGAUGUCUCAGAUGAGAAAGAUGUAGAGAAAAAAGAGAAAUAAAUAUCUUGCCUUUUAAACUCUUGAGGGGGAAAAAGAGACCCUG